GAGGAACAUCUGGACGAGCAGAGGGAGGCAGAAGCGGAGGAGCCGCUGGACAGUUUGCUGCAGCAGGUGGAGGAAGGCGAGGGCUGCAGGCGUUUGUUUCGAGCACGCCAAGCUGUGCUUCAUCGACCCGGCCUUUCCCUGGCACAGCGCAAGCAGCUGUUUGGGGCACAGCUUGCCGCAGCCAGGACGCUCCUUCCAUGCCUGCAUCCGUCCUUGGUGGGCAUCUUCGAGGAGCUCCGUGAUCUCUGCGAGCCUUCGGAGCACAAAAGCCACUGUGAGAAGGUGUGCAUCUUCUACGGAAAGCUGCGGUCCAAAGAGACUGCCAUCUGGCCUCUCGACUCUGUUAAUGAUGGUGGGCAUGAGCCCAAGCUGGCUAAGCAGAAGGCCCAAUCUCAUUGGGCUCAGGGUCUUGCGACGCCGGUUCAUUGCUUCGAAUAUGGCGUGAACGCUGACUUUGCCAAGGGUGCCAACAGCCAGGACCGGCACAAAGUCCAGCGGCAGGGGCAAAGGCGACUGCUGCAGAGGGAAGGCGGCGAGUCGGGUGCGAGGUCUUCUACGGUCAAUCUGCGCAGGGGAGUGGACGACUUGGCUGAGGAGGAAGGGACAUGGCGUCGACGUCCUAGCCAUUACGUCCGCGCGAGCCAAUCCGUGGAGCCCGGGCAAGGCAGAAAAGAGGAGAGAUCUGGCUCUAUUGCAAUAGCCAAGCACGCUGUUGCAGAACGCCAGAAGGGCAAGGAGAAGGAGGGCUUACCUCAGAGGAUUCGCGAAAUGAGGAGACAUGUUUGCCUGCAGACUGGGAUGGACUCAAAAUGCACGGAGGCAACGGAGCUGCAGGAGGUGACUGGUCGAGACCAAGGUCGUCCUUCACCCCAAAUGGGGAACGAGACUUCAUUCUGGCUCCGACGGGCUUCGCUGACGACGGUGGUCUUUCAGAACACGGCUUUGGCGCUGUGCAUGCGCUACUCCAGGCUGCCCAAGCCACAAGGGGAGGCCCGGGAGCUUUACCUGGUCACAACAGCCGUGUUUGCAGGCGAAGCUCUAAAGCUUCUCGUCUCCAUUGUCCUGGCCAGCUGGCACUACUCGGUGAGAGAAAUACGGCUCAUAGCAUGCGGCAAAGACUGCUGGUUUCAAUCUCAUGCAGUCCGGAACAUGACACUUGCACCCAAACCCCAUGCGUCCAAACGGACAUGUGCUUCAGCCGACAAACUCAAAUCUUACGUUGGACCUGGCUGGUACGUGUCAACACGGUUCAGCCAUGCUCGUCCGGACAAACCGGAUGUAGUGCCCUGUUUCACCGAUUCGAUCGAAGCUGCAGUCUCGGACGUUGCGGGGGAGAUGACGGAUACGUCAGCAACCAACGCCACUUAUUUCUUCUCGCUGGCAUUCCAGCAAGAUGCUAUGGAGGAGGCGUUCCUGGAAGCUCGAAGAGAAGGCAUGCUGAAGGCUAUGAUUCGGUCUUCCCUGGUGCUUGCCAUACUGCUGCUGGUUCAGAGUGCAUAUUUGACUCAGUCUUUCUUGGCCGGCGACCUUGCCAUUCCAGGUCUGAGGGAGGUGCUCAUCCACCGCGUCACAUGCAGCGGUGUACUUCUCCUGGCUUUGGUCGUGGUAGCGACCCUGGGUCUGGUACAGUGCCUCUCGGCCUCGGCGAGAAGCCUCGAGAGGUGCAUAGCUUUCAUGGUCCCGGUGAUCAUCUUCGCUGUGCCGCACAUUGACCACCACUAUGUGUCCAGGAUGUAUCGGCUCGACGAAGAAUUUUUCAUGAGCCCGGACAACCCGGACUGUUACAACUAUUCCUCAGAUUCCAGGCUCAUGCUCUCGUGGAUUUCGUUGCUGACGGCUGCGCACUUCUUCCUGAACGUGCGGUGGUUCAUGCUGAUCCCAACACAGCUGGCAGGAGUGCUCACCUACGUCGUGUGCGCCGUCCUCGGGAGUCCCGAAGGCAUUUUCAAUGUCCCUAUGAACUUGGCGCUCUUCGGUGGCGUCACGGCCCUGGCAUCACUGGCCAAGCGGCAGUUGGAGAAUCAUGAGCGCCAACAGCGCUUGCAGCUGAUCUCCGAGAGGGUCGCACGCUUUGAGAGCGACUUCAAGCUGGAGCAGGCCCAGAGCUCGCUGUCUUCUGGAAGAUCGAGUCCUAACCGACGGGCUGCAGACCUGCAGUCCAUGGUCACCGACACAACGGGUCAGACGGGCUUCACGCAGUUUGUCUUCGACAUGAAAACGGACUGCAGAGAACAGCUUGAGCACAUGGUGGCGCUUGGCUAUCAGGAGCACUGGCUUAUCGAGGCCAGACAGCUCAGUUUCAACCCGAAGAACCUGAUCGGGCGCGGAAACUACGGAGUGAUACUUGCCGGGGAUCUGCUCGGGAUGCCAGUUGCGGUAAAGCUGCCUCUGGCGAAUGCCUCCUUGUCCUUGCCUGAUUUGGCAAACGAGCUACGAUUUCUCCGGCGGGUCCGUCAUCCUCACAUCGUUGCGUUUCAAGGCGCCUGUAUCCUGCCACAUGCAGAAGUGUUGUUCCUGGUGGAGGAGUUGGUCAACGGCACCAGUUUGCAG